GUCAUUCGUAGAUCGAAUCCAAUACCGAUUUCAAGCCCGGACCGAACCACUUGAGGAGUUCUCGUCGUUGCCGACCGCGAGCUUUUAUUUCCGGGUGCAAGUUGAAAAUCAAAUCGUGCCUUCAGCGCAUUACAAGGUUACCGUACCUCCAAGGCGCUGCAGAACCGUAGGAAGAUGAUUAACACAGGGAAACUCGCUGGAAGGACGCUUUUUAUCACGGGCGCCAGCCGUGGAAUCGGCAAAGAGAUCGCCCUGAAAGCCGCCAAGGACGGUGCUAACGUUGUCAUCGCUGCCAAGACGGCCGAACCGCACCCCAAACUGCCUGGGACCAUCUACACCGCCGCUCAAGAAGUUGAGGCUGCCGGCGGCAAGUGCCUUCCCUGCAUCGUGGACGUGCGUGACGAGGAACAAGUCAAGCGAGCCGUCGGCGACGCGGUGUCCAAGUUCGGGGGCAUUGACAUCCUGGUGAACAAUGCCAGCGCUAUCAGCCUGACCGGCACGCUCGACACCGACAUGAAGCGCUACGACCUGAUGCACUCUGUCAACAUCAGGGGAACCUUCCUCGCCUCCAAGAUCUGCAUCCCUUACCUGAAGAAGUCGAGCAACCCGCACAUUCUGAUGCUGAGUCCACCGCUGAUCAUGAAGCCCGUCUGGUUCCAGAACCACGUCGCGUACACCAUGUCGAAGUAUGGGAUGUCCAUGUGCGUGCUGGGGAUGGCGGAGGAGCUCAGAGGAGACGGCAUCGCGGUCAACGCCCUCUGGCCCAAGUCGACAAUUCACACGGCAGCCUUGGACAUGCUGAUGGGUUCGGAGCUCAGCCGCAGCUCGAGCCGCAAACCGGCCAUCCUGGCAGAUGCGGCCUAUGCCAUUCUGACCAAGCCAAGCCGAUCCUUCACGGGGAACUUCUGCAUUGACGAGAGGCUGCUGAAGGAGGAGGGCGUCACGGACUUCGAGCAGUACGCCAACGUCCCAGGGGCCAGGCUGGAGCCGGACUUCUUCAUUCCGGAUGACUGCCUGAAGGAGUUUGAUCAGCAGCCUGGGUCGGGAAGCAGCCCUCCAUUGUCGGCAGCGGCACCGGCACCGGAGGCAACGAGUGGCGGCAGCGGGAAUGCCCUCGACGACAUUGUGCACAAGAUCGGCAAAAAGCUCAGCACAGAGCUCGUCAGCCAGACUGGCGGACUCUUCCUCUUCCAGGUCAAAGGCGGAGAGAACUUUUUCGUGGACCUGAAGAACGGCGCCGGCAGUGUCGGCAAGGGAGAGCCUCCCGAGGGCGCUGCCCCCGACGUCACGUUCACCAUGGACACGGAGAGCCUGCUCAAGAUGUUUGCGGGCAGCCUGAAACCCACGGCAGCCUUCAUGAGCGGCAAGAUGAAGAUCAAGGGCGACAUGGGCAAGGCCAUGAAGCUGGAGAAGCUCAUGGGCAUGCUCAGGGCCAAGCUUUAACUGUUAGCUCGAGGCCACCUUCUUGUGUAGCGCAAGGACGUCAGGUUGGAGCAAAACUACCGCGAUUGCGUAUCCUUUACUGUGCCGCCGAGUCUUUCUGUGCGUAGGGUUGAUGAAAGGUAGAUGACUGAGGAUCGUUGGUGUGUGGUGGCUGUUUUGCCGUUUGAUUAGCAAGAUCUUGCAUUUUGGCGAGCCACACGUACGUUGCGGUGCCAAGUCAGCUCUAGGAACAGUAUGGAUGCAGCGCCGACUCGAACUAACUUUGUACUUACCACUGAUUGUCAGUGACAAGUCAGUUGGAACGGUACAUCCCUUCUUAGGCAGCGUCGGCUUUAGUGCAGGCUUUCAGUCUUCUAUGGUUCUUCGUCUGGGGACAGAAAACCAAAGCAUAAUAAAAACAAAGCACCUCUGAUGGAAGAGAGCUUCCGAUGCGUGCUGUGUGAUUGAAAGGUGCUUGCUGCCGUUAUAAAUCAGUUUGUGACUGACUGGGACACCUGAAGAGGGAAAGAUGAAAGAGAGUGUUUGCAGAUGCUGAUGAUUUUAUCUUCCAGUUCGGGACCCAAACACAGUUUUUUGUACUUUGUUUGGGACAUAAGCUUUCUAGUGCCAAUGGCAUUGCUUGUCCUGUGCGUUUGUGGCACUGCAACCGAGAUGCAGGCACAGUGGUGAAAGUUGGGUGCUGGCAGGGAACAACGUCUUGUGGGGAGUUCGGACUUUUGGCGACAAGCUUCUCUGCGCUUGAUCAAGGUUGGACCAGACCUGAGCUCCAGAUUAGGUUGCUCGUAUUCAUGCGAGAAACUUGUGUUUAACAGGGAGGCAGUCGAGAUCAUUUUUAAGGUGUAUUUCUGGAUCCCUCCUGCUUACAUCGGGAGGGGGUUUGUUUAGCGAGGGGCGGGAGUAUUUUUGUACGUCGUCUGGUAGAGCCAGUGGCCUCGAGAUGUGUCGUGGGCGAGUUAUUUGAAGCAAUGCAAUCGAGCCUGUAAAACAGUUGGGCGUUGAGAUAGCUCCCUCCCCCGUGCAUGUUGCUGUUUUGGUGGCAGUUGGGGAAAUUGACUGGGAAGUAUUAAGCUUGUUUUUUUGUCACGAUUCCCUCUCUUCGGAGAUUGCCAGGUGUUUGCUGUCUGUUUAUCGGGGAGCCUUUAUUUAUGUUUUACAACCAACUCAACUAGUGUACCUUUUUUGUGCUUUCAAGGUUUCUUUUACGAAGCGUUAGGAGGCGGCUACUGAACCAUUAGUGCAAUGAAGAGGCUCUUUUGUUUUAUCUUUGCAGUAUUGGUAUUACAUCUCACCCUUUGUUACGAGCUCCUUUUUGGGUGAAUCAAAUAAAUAUUUUGUGCAUUAUAAA